GAGCGGAAACCGCUGCGCGCCACCGACGCGCCGUUUGGAGACGGAGAAAAAGUGCAUUCGAGCGUUUUGAUUCAGAAGCAAGAUUAUCUCUUUAUUUGAGCAGGGGGAGACAUUAGAGUUUUGAACAAGGUAUGGAGGACUCUGGCUGGCUGAGUGGAGAAGAGCCCCCUGGUGCCCACGCCUAUGAGGUGAUGGUGGUCCAGAACACCACAGCUCCUCACAACUACCCUUUUGCAGACGUUGCCCUCUUGCAGACCUUCAAACCACUCAUCAUCCCAUGUUAUGUUCUUGUGGUGCUGGUGGGCGUCUUUGGCAACUAUCUUCUGAUCUACGUCAUCUGCCGCACCAGAAAGAUGCACAAUGUUACCAACUUCUUCAUCGGCAACCUGGCCUUCUCAGACAUGUUGAUGUGUGUGACUUGUGUGCCGUUCACACUGGCCUAUGCCUUCAGCCCUCACGGGUGGACGUUUGGACGCUUUAUGUGCUACCUGGUGUUUCUGAUCCAACCCGUCACUGUAUAUGUGUCUGUUUUCACCCUCACAGCAAUUGCUGUCGACAGGUACUACGCCACAGUCCACCCUUUGAAGAAGCGGACCUCAAUGGCGGCUUGCGCCUAUGUGCUCUCUGGAAUCUGGUUGCUUUCCUGCGUGCUUGUAGCUCCUGCUGUGGCCCACACAUAUCAUGUAGAGUUCAGAGAAGAGGGUUUGACCAUAUGUGAGGAGUUUUGGUUAGGUCAGGAGACCCAGCGACUGGUCUAUGCCUACAGCACGCUUCUACUCACCUAUAUCCUGCCUUUAUCCGCGGUCUGUGUCUCAUACCUUUGUAUCUCUGUGAAACUCCGCAACUGUGUCGCCCCGGGACACCGCACACGAGACCAAGCCGAGGCCCAGCGCACUCGCAAACGCAAGAUCUUCAGGUUGGUUGCUCUGAUUGUGGCAGCGUUUGGAGUCUGCUGGUUGCCCAUCCACGUUUUUAACGUACUACGCGACAUUGAUAUCCAUCUUAUCAACAAGCGGCACUUUCUUUUGAUUCAGUUGUUGUGUCAUCUGUGCGCAAUGAGUUCGUCGUGCUGCAACCCGUUCCUGUAUGCGUGGCUGCAUGAUCGUUUCCGAGCAGAGUUGCGCAAGAUGUUCAUGUGCCAUCGCCGCAUCGGGAUACCUGCCGACCACUGCGGAACAGCGAGCGUGGUACUGUGACCAUCUCUGCAGGCAGAGAACAGACUGUACAAAAACAUAUGAAGUGCAACUUUAUGUGACUGGAUCAUGGGCGGUGAUGUGCCGAAAUAUUACUGCCUGCCAGAUUCUGACUCCCCGCUACCUGAUUGGCCCUUAUCCCUAAAGGCCACCCCUACACCCACACCUAACCUCAUUGGUCUCUACCCCUAAAGCCCAUCCCUACACCUACACCUAAACGUAAGGAUACUAGAGUCAAAAUUUGGCACUAAACCAGGUCUAAGAGGGGGCUAGGGUGGAACUUCUCAAACCCCAGGAACUUCUGACAACCCCCCUCAUGGUCUGAUGAACAGACAACCACUUGCCCCCAUUAUUUGUCAUGUAUUGACAAAUGAUGAAUUGUUAUGAAUGGGCAAAUGCCAAAUGAUUCAAGCCUUAACAUUGGGCUGAAUGGAGUUUGCCAAGCUUGCAAUGAAUUGUUGGUUAAAACGAUCACAUCCCACAAGAUUUAAAUCAAUAUUAAAUGGUGUUAGCAACCCAUUUUAUUUUCAUUAUGUGACAUUUUCAGAUAGAAACAGGAUGUUCAAUGAAAAAAAAAAUGUAAGCCAGGACUUUAAUUCAUUGGAAAUGUAUUGGAUCUGAAAAAAUAUUGAUGAAUGGACCAGCACAGAUGGCCACGGCGGCUAUAUGAGAAGAGUUUGGAGUAUUAAUAAAAUAAGAUGGCUUGAAGAUGUCAGCCGUAAAGGAAAGAUGCUUCAGGGGAAGAGCAAGUUAUUACAUUUUUAUGAGAGAUUAUGAAGAUGAACAUAUUUUAUUUUGAAUAACGUAUACUGACAAAUUCACAAUACGACUAGGAACAUAUUAAGGAAGCAAACAGUCAAUUUUGACUUCAUGCUAACUUGUGCCACAAGUUUGUUCAAUGACUCGUUUUGCCAUUCGCUUUUACACUGGAAAAUCUCAAGUCUCAAAGAAGCCUUUUCACAUCCAUGAAUCAUCUAAGAGGAUUUCUGUGAUCAUUCAGUGAACUACAGAAAUGUGAAUGUGCAAUACAACAAAUGAAAACUCUUGUGAUAAAUAAAGAUGUCCAUUGUGGAUAGUUACAUUAGCAAGUCAGACAUACCUAAAAAACAAUGUUAACUU